AUGGGUGGAAGAAAUGCUGAUACAACCAAUCAAACAGUAGCACGUGAACAGCGCAAUGUGGGCUCUCGAAGGAACAACGAAAGAGCUGCAGGGGGGAGGGACAGUGGCUUGGCCGUUGCCAGCCCAGUGGAGGAAGCUCUUCCCCACCAGCUACCUCAAGCUCAUGGCGUUGCUACGAACCAAGCUUCCAAGGAAAGGGAGCAAAAGAACAAUCAAAUCAAGACAAUCGUUCUGGUUGGGACAGUCCUCCUUGUGGCUAUCAUCGUUGCUAUGCUGGCAAUUCUACUCAAUGCAAAGGAAGUGCACGAUCAAGAGCAACCGUCAAAUGGCAGCGCAUCUCCAAGAACAGAAGCACCAACUGCUGCCUGCACGAUGCUUGCUGAGACGUGGGAAGGGCUUCCAGACAGUACACUCUCUGCCUUGCGUAUCCCCCGUUCUCCACAGGCAAAGGCCUAUGAUUGGGUUCUGAAUGACCCCAACCAGGCAUCUUACCCUCAGUGGAAGAUUCUCCAAAGGUUUGCUUUGGCUGUCUUUUACUUUAGCACUGGAGGAGAAGAUUGGAAUCUCCGGGAAGAUUGGCUUAGCUAUAAUGUCGAUGAAUGUUCCUGGUACUUCAGGAAGCUUGUUGGUGGGGAAGAGGACUUUUACCUUCAUGAAGGAGUUUCGGAAGUGCGAUCAGAGCUUCGCUUCCUGGAAUCUGCCUGCAAUGCUGAGGGACAGUAUGCUUACUUGGUUUUUACCGAGAACAACAUGGAUGGAAGCCUCCCUCCAGAGAUUUCCCUGUUGAGUGGUUCAUUACUGUAUCUGGAAGUUGGGUCCAACGAGAAGCUCCGAGGCUUGAUUCCCUCAGAGGUUGGUCUGCUUACCAAUCUUCGAAAGUUCUACGCCGACCGAAAUCUUCAUUCAGGCCAAAUCCCAACGGAGAUUGGACAGCUCUCCGAGCUUCAGGAACUAGAACUUGGCCAUAACAUCUUCACAGGAUCUAUUCCGAGUGAGAUUGGUAACAUGGAAGCCCUGAGCAUUCUCAGUAUCCGCCAUUGUGAACACAUCUCAGGGACACUGCCAACAGAGCUCUAUCGACUGACCAACCUGGUCAUGUUUCACAUGCACAAUUUGAACAGACUCACCGGUGCGGAACUGCUUCCAGAGAUUGGCCAAAUGACAAAGUUGGAGAAGUUUUGGGUCUACCACGUUCCAAUCAAGAGUUUGAUUCCUACAGAGAUUGGUUUGCUUUCCAACAUGCGCAGGCUGAACCUGUGGAACUGUUCCAUCACAGGAUCUAUUCCAAGUGAACUAUUCCAACUGACAGACAUGAUUAGGCUUGACAUUGAUGACAACGAAAUCACGGGCACAUUUCCAACUGAAUUUGGGAUGUUUCCAAAUUUGACCAUGGCUUGGUUGAAUGGCAAUCAAUUCACUGGAACACUUCCAGCCUCCAUCUUCCAGAGCUGGGGACAACUGUCAUAUCUGAAGAUCCAUGACAACAAGUUGGAAGGACCCCUCCCAACAGAGCUUGGCCUUUUGACAUCCCUUGACCUACUUUGGCUUUCGCGGAAUGAGUUUUCGGGUACCGUCCCAUCACAGCUGGGGUUUCUGGCCAAUGUGACCGAGCUGUUUCUCCAUGAUAAUUCAAUCACUGGAAGAAUCCCCACAAGCCUCACAGAGUUGGCAAGUUUGGAGAUGCUAACUGUUUCUGACACCUUUCUAUCCGGCUCCAUUCCGGAUGGUCUCUGUGACAGAAUUUGGGACAUCACUUAUACCUGCAAUGACUACUUUGGCUUGUACACGAUCUGUUAUGAUACUGAGAAGGUCAACUUCACGUGCUCUUCUACCAAUCUGUGUGGAUGCGAUUCAUGCGAACAAUGUAAUUAG